AAAAUAUUGUGGAUUUUAGGUAUUGAAAACCUUUUAAAUGAAUUUUGUUCAAACUUUAUAUGCUGAAUACAUUUAACUACAAAACUGUGAAAUAAUAAUAAGAAAAAUAUGUGAGCAACUUAGAAGAUAAGUAUAUUUAAUUGAGAUCAUAAUGCAGAUAGAAACUUCUGAAAUGUUAUUUAGAUUACAAUUUUUAUUACAUAUUUUCUUUGUAAAAAGUCUCUUAUUGAAAAUAAGAGGGGUGUUAAGGGAUUAUCCUUUGUACUUUUUCCAAGUUAUUUAAGUCGAUUUAUGUCAUUAUAUAUUACAAUAUAGUUUUGGUUUGUUCCGUGAAGUAAAACUACAUUAAAAAGUGAAGGGGUCUAUUUUGAUUGUUACUGAAUAUUGCCAAAAAUGUCUAAUCUCGAUAAUCGGUAAAACUGGUAGGAAAGGCUUGAUAACAACGUAUUAAAGUAAAUGUAGGAUUUUUCUUGAUACUAUUUUCAAACCUCGUUCGAUCACACUGGUGAAAUGUUUGGAAAUAGGAAUGUUUUUUUUAUUUGGAUAUGGUUUUGAAGCCAUUGAUCCUUUUAGUGAUAAUCAUAUGAAGUGGUGAAAAAUAAUAAUAUUUUUGUCAUUUCUGAGAAGCUUUCCUGUCUCAUCGGGCACUAAGCGCAUUGUGUUAUAGAGUGUGCAUUAGAUUUCCACUCCGUUCUGGAACACUUUUCAGUAUUUUUUCGACCAUGCCACUGGAUGUUGCAUGCAAAUACGUGGUUUAGUGUAGCGUUUUAUUUUAUUAAAUUUGCCAUUCCUCUAUUAAAACUAAUAGCUUGUUGAAAUUAUCCUUAUAUGAUAGGUUAUUUACGAAGUUGUUCUGCAUUGGUUCUAGGAUUCGUAAACUACAAAUAUAUAGGUUAUGAUCCUGUUGCAUAUAAGUAUAAAAUAAUUUCAAGACAAUUUUACGAUGUAUUGAUAGUUCCCAAAUAGGAUGAUGACUAUGAAAGAUUAAGCAGUAAAAAUAAAACGGUUUGCGUUUGAACGAGUUCCAAGUUCAGUAAUAUUGAUGUUAUCUGAUUAAAGUACGUAACGCAUGGAACUGAUUGAAAGCAUCUAAGUUGUUGAUCAAAAAGAUUAUUUUUUGUUGUUGAUAAAUAUGAUUUUAUUUACGAAGCUCGAAUUCCUUAACACUCCAUUUUGCAUUUCCGUCAAAAAACACACAUUUUCAAUAUUAUCUCAAAAAUCUGUCAUAGGAUCCUCAUCCUUGUAUUUGGCUUUUGAUAUUCACGACGAGAUAAUUGUAGGGCUGUCCUUUGUUCAAUUAUUGACAUAGAAGUUGCUUAAAAUUCGAGAUGAUUUUUUUUUCAUCAUCCCUUAACACCCCAUUUUACGGUACUCACGAGAAAACUGCUUUGUGGGAAAUCAGCAGUACUGCAGUCGUUUGCAAGUUUUAAUUAAAAGCCAAGUUUAAUUGAUGCUUUUUGUACAUCAAAGGAAUUCAUAUCAGUCUUUGCAAAAUCGAGUGAAAAUGAAGUUACCCCAUGAGCCGAUUUGAACAGAUUUAUUGAGAGCUUGACCCAGUAGCACCAUGCAAAGUAUUCGCCUCUUGAUAAACCUGGCAAAAUCCAAACUCACUACGCUGGACGAUGAAAGUGACUACUUUCGUCAAAUGGAGUGGGCAAUGGUGGUAGCAGGCAUAAAACUACCAUCCCAAAAUUCCACCUACCAAAGGCUGUUCGACUGCUAUCGAAUCAUUAUGCUCCUUCAGUUUAGCAUUUGGGUUGAUCGGGUCUACGUGGCCUACACCGAGUGGAACUCUCCUGGAGAGCUAAUUGGCGUAGUCGCCUUCUGCUUGGCGUUGGUGAUGAUCCUUUCUAGGGCAGUGCUGAUGAGAGUUUAUUUGAAGGAUUUGCUGAAGGUGCGAGAUGGUUUGAAAAAUCGACUUAAUAACCAUCACUCGGAAGGUCGAGUUCGCUCGUACCGCUUGAUACGUCGAUUCUUUAUGGUGUUGGAGUGGAUUUACCUAGUUGAUCAGAUCAUACUUUAUGCGUUUGGAAUCAACGAAGAGCGCCAAUACAGUGUUCCGGACAAUCUGCGAAGGUUGAGCAAAAGAUCGAAGCUAGGUUUCGAUAUUUUUAUUUGUAGCAAUCAUUUCAUAUUCUCGUCAGUUUAUGCGUCGAUCUUGACCAUCAUGAAUACGGUGUUCAUGGGUUUCUCUACCGAACUGGAGAAUAUUGUAUCGGAGUGUGAUGGAAUAUUUGAGCGUGUAAAGCAACAAGUGGCCGUUAUCGCUAUUUACGAAGAAUCUUCAACAAAUAUAGAGAUGCGGAAAAAUCUCUUAUUUUGGAGCGCUUUGAAAAAUGAAAUAAGUCUUAUUGCAGAGCGUUACUCUGUACUGACAGAGCAUGUCGCAACAGUUAGAAAUUUACUCAAAGUGAGUUUUCUGCUGAUAUUUUACACGGAGAUUGUGUUCAUCGGUUGUGCGUUAUUCUACGUAAAACUGAUCGGCAUCACCAUGAAUACCGUCAUCGUAGUGAGUUAUGUGGCUGCAAUUCUAUUGGAGUGCUAUUGGUUCUGUCGUUUGGCGGAUAACAUAAACGACACGAAUAUCGCAAUUGGAUUUGCACUGUACAAUCUGGACUGGCCGAUACAAUUGUGCGACCUGCCGAACUCACGGAAGCAAUACCUGGAAAUCCGGGCUUCUUUACUGGUCAUGAUGACAAGAUCACAGCAGAAUCUAGGCAUUACCUGUGGAGGGAUGUUCGAAAUGUCAGCGCAAGCAUUUGAUGAGUUGAUGAAAAUGAUAUACAGCUGUUUGAUGUUCCUGCUCAGUAUCGCCACAUAAAGAGUUUAUUUAUUUUUUGUAAUUUCUCAUCGUAAUAGGCUGUUUUCCAUCACGCCAUUCUGUCAUGAAACAGCCUAUU